CUUAAAAUGCGUAUAGGCCGACAUUUUUUAUAAAACUAAAUAUUCAAGCAAGUGGUCUGUACAUGUGGCGACCUAACUAGCGUUUCAUCUAUUUUAGAUGUGAGAUGAAGUUCCCCGUGGUCAACACAUAAGUAACUUCACGACGAUUAAAUAUUAGGACGACCAAAAUUCAACAGAGCAGAACUGAUAAGUUUCAACUCAGUUAUACUGAAUUACAGAAACGGAUUAUAAGCCAAGAGUGGUGAGACAUUGCAGUGACCUACUGUAUAUAAAUUUUGCAUGUCGAUCAAUAAGGUGAAUAGAAACCAUGAAGUUCGGCAAAGUCUCGUAUGUUUGACUGAAGAAAAUCGUGAUGGCCAUACAUUGAUAAAACAUAAGCUACACUUAGUACGGUUGUGAUUCUGAAUGCUGCUGGUAGUGUUAUAAAGCACAACACAAGAUGGAGAAACCUAAAUCAAAAGUCUGCACCAGAGCACUGUGUGAAAAACUUAAUAGAACUAAACUUGCAACUGAUGAUAUUACGCCAUUAAAACGAUGCCUCGAUGUUUGGGAUUUGUCGUUUAUGGGCAUAGGAAAUUCUGUUGGUGGAGGUCUGUACGCAGUGACUGGUGUCGUCAUAUCACAAGUUGCUGGACCCGGGGCCGUACUGGCAUAUUUAUUAGCUGGAUUCGCCGCUCUACUGUCGGCGAUUUGUUAUGCCGAAUUGGGAUCCAGAUUCCCUAGUGCUGGUGCUGCAUAUACAUAUACUUAUGUUAUGAAUGGGGAGCUUUGGGCAUUCAUGGUCGGCUGGGUAAUGAUCAUGGAACACUUGCUGGCCGUAGCAGCUAUAGCUAAGGGCUGGAGUGCUACAUUUAACACUAUAUCUAGCGGUGCAAUAGCUACUGGUAUUCAAAAGAACAUUGGAGUUGUUAAUAUGCCUUGGUUAGCGAAUUAUCCUGAUUUCCUUGCUAUUGUGUCAGUCAUCAUUGCCUCUCUCGUGGCGUGCCUUGUUGUCAAUGUAUCGUUCAAACUACUUAAUAAUUUCUUUGUCGGGUUCAACAUUUUGGCUCUAGUAUUUGUUAUAGGAUUUUUCUUAACUUUCUCCGAAGGGAAACAUUGGGUAAACGAGGACAAUGGUGGAUUCCUUCCUUUUGGAUUUCAUGGAGUUUUAUCAGGAGCCGGAAUGCUGUUUGUGUUAUACGGUGGCUUUUAUAAUAUGGCGACUGCAACAGAAGAAACCAUUGAUCCACAUAUAAAUUUACCAAAAGCUACAUUUAUUAGCAUGGCGGUUGUUGUAAUUGUACAUACAUUAGCAUCUACAGCUCUAACCUUAAUAUUGCCUUAUGAAAUGAUCGACAGAAGAUCACCGUUUGUGAACGCAAUGAUUACCCGCGGAAUCUCGUGGAUGAUGUGGAUCUUGGCGCCAAUUUCUUUGGUCAGCAUGAUGAAUGCUUUAAUUGGAAGAAUGUACGGUAUAGCUAGGUUAACAUAUGCCAUGGCAUCGGAUGGAUUACUUUUUCGAUUCCUCUCUACGACACAUCCUAAGAUGCAGACUCCUAUCGUGGCCACUGCAACAUUUGGGACAAUAGCUGCAAUACUAGCGUUUAUAUUUGAUAUCGAACUUUUGGCAAAUUUACUCUCUCUCGGAACACUUAUUGUCUUCACGCUUGUAGCAGCAAACACAAUAGUUGCAAGGUACAUUCCCUUAGAGAAGAUGACCGUGAAGAUGACACUAGAAGAUCCAAAUGACGAGGAUCCAGAUGAAAAGAAGAGGAUCGUUAUAACAGAUCCUAUAUCUGGAAUAGGAAGAGUUAAACGAGGUCUUGAUGGAUGGCCAUUCACAAUUCUCAUGGACUGUGAACCUGGCCAUGCUGUUUCUUUAGCUGUUGGUUUAAUGGCAGCACUCAUGGCAGGCUUUUCUGUUAUGGUCGUUUACUUCAGUCGUGAAAUCUUGGCAGGAUAUUGGUGGAGUGUCGGAUUUCUAAUUUUCUUCGUCUCGGGAAUAAUCUUAUGCUUAUUGACUGUUGCUGCUCACGAGAAAAACACAAGCUUCAAAACAUUUGUAGUACCUCUAUCUCCGUGGCUUGAGUCACUGAGUAUGUUGAUCAACAUUUUGUUGGUGGUACAAAUGCCACCAGUGGCAUGGAUAAGACUUGGAAUAUGGGGGACAAUUGGAUUAGUUAUCUACAUUACUUAUGGGAUAUCGAACAGUCGAGAGAAUCGACUCCCUAUCUCACACAGCCACAUACUCAUAACAUACAACAAUGCUGUCGAACCUGCUGUACCAAAGAUGACAGAAAAUGUGAAACAACAACAACCAAUAAAUAAAGAUACCACACGGCUUCAAAAUAAAGAAUUUUAGUGACUAUGGGCCAAUUUGAAGUUUAUAUAUUAUUGCCCCUGUAGAAUGGCACACGUAUAUAUUAUAUUAACAUGAGAGGACAUUUUUAUUCUAUUUCCUAGUUGUUUCUAAUAAUAAGUGUGCAACAGCUGAAAUUGCCAAGGUAAAUAAAUGAACAUGAACAACAAAAAUUGAUCAAAGUUUGGACAGAAAAACAAGUCCAUGAUAAGAAUAGGCCAACACAAUGGUUUUGUAAACGUCAAAAGUCAAAAUAUUUGUUUGUGCAAGGUUUCAGUUUAAUUUUGAAUUGUCAUCAUGUUACAUAAGCAGUUAUAAAGAAAAAAACAACUAAAGAUGUUACACGCUUGUGAACCGGUGUAAAAUAAAUUAUGGUCCCCUGGGGAUUAUGGUCCCCUUUCCUUACAGCUCUUACUGGCCCUAACUGUGAAUAAAUAAUAAGGAAAA